UAGUCAAUUUCAAGUGGGGCGGCCGGUGCCCCUGGGAAACACAAAAAUGCGGGGCUGGGGAAGCGCCGAGCCGGAACGCGGUGGCGGCGGCGCGCUCUCCUCUCCUUGAGUUCUCAAAUUCCGAAGACUUUGUGCGCGCACGCAGGCACACACCCCUCGGUCCCCCUCUCCUCCUUUCCUCCCUCUUUCUUCCCCAGCACCGUCCAGUCCGCGGAGACCGGGGCUGUUGAGAGAUCAAAAGCAUUUGUGGAGGUCUGUCUCGUCUUGGAAGCGAAGAUCCACCUUUGGCUUUGGCUUUGGCUGCUUUGCUCGCUGGAAGGAGUCGAGGGGGAGAAAGAGGCAGGCAGAGCCGGUGACAGAGCUCGGCUGGGCAACUUUGUAUGCUGGAAAUGCCAGGAGCUCCUGAUGAGGUAUCUGAACAGUGGUUUUAAGCCAAGAAUCAAGAAUCUGUAGAUUUUAAGAUCCAAAGGCUGCCCUCCACUUGCCAUGAGGCUGGUAUCUUUCUAAGAAGAGCUGGAGAGUUGUUGGGAUGUUUGGACACAUCUAGGAAAGCUAAGCCUAAUCCUUUAUGUUCCCUAGACCUUUUAAGAAGCUAUAAAUCUCGCCUUCUCGACUACACCGAACAGCUGGGAUUCAGUCCCUAAGCGCUGAAUUAUCAUUUGUUUAAUUGAUUGCAUAUUCUUGAACAAGGCUUCAACUCCUCAUCAUUCCCUUUUAAAGGAGUGCUAUUCCCAGUAGAAUUUAUCAUCAUUAACAGAGACUUUUUUUAGUGUACCGUGGGAUUUCUGAAUAUAUUUUCAUUUGUUGGGCUUUUUCCUCUCUUCGCUUCUUUGGAGUGUAUCUUGAAAAGUUAUCACACAAGCACAACACUGUGAUGGCUUCGUAAAUCAAAGGAGCAGCUGCCCUUGUUCAUGAUGGGGCGAGAGCAGGAGCUAAUCCAAGCUGUGAAAAAUGGAGAUGUACUUGGUGUGCAGAAACUGGUGGCUAAGAUCAAGGCAUCCAAAACUAAACUCUUGGGAUCAACAAAACGGCUGAAUGUGAACUACCAGGAUGUGGAUGGGUUUUCAGCACUACACCAUGCAGCCCUGGUUGGGAGCUUGGAGCUCAUUUCUCUACUAUUGGAGGCACAGGCCACUGUGGAUAUUAAGGAUAUCAAUGGAAUGCGCCCACUACACUAUGCAGCGUGGCAAGGGAAGGUGGAGCCCGUGCGCUUGCUACUACGGGCAGCUGCUUCAGUCAACAUGGCAUCACUGGAUGGACAGAUCCCAUUGCACCUUUCUGCACAAUAUGGCCAUUAUGAGGUGUCGGAGAUGCUGCUGCAGCACCAGUCCAACCCAUGCCUUGUCAACAAGGCUAAGAAAACACCGCUGGACCUGGCAUGUGAGUUUGGAAGGCUGAAGGUGGCCCAGCUGCUUCUGAACAGCCACCUGUGUGUUUCUUUGCUUGAGGGACAAUCCAAAGACACCACUGACCCGAACUACACAACUCCUCUGCACUUGGCAGCCAAGAAUGGGCACAAAGAGAUUAUCAGGCAGCUUCUGAAAGCUGGAAUCGAGAUCAACAAGCAGACAAAGACGGGCACCGCCCUGCAUGAGGCAGCACUGUAUGGGAAGACCGAGGUGGUGCGCCUGUUACUGCAGGGCGGCAUUGAUGUCAACAUUCGCAACACCUACAAUCAGACGGCCCUGGACAUUGUAAACCAAUUCACCACCUCACAUGCCAGCAAGGACAUCAAACAACUCCUGCGAGAGGCAUCAGGAAUCCUGAAAGUCCGAGCUCUGAAGGAUUUUUGGAAUCUCCAUGACCCAACGGCUCUGAACAUCCGUGCUGGAGAUGUCAUCACGGUCCUGGAGCAGCAUGCAGACGGACGCUGGAAAGGCCAUAUUCACGAUGCUCAGAAAGGCACCGACCGAGUUGGCUACUUCCCUCCUUCCAUUGUAGAAGUCAUCAGCAAACGCACAGGCAUGACUCUUCCCCGCAUGGUGCCCUCACACCUGUGCCAGAGCUUUGCCAAGGGCCAGCAGGUUGCCACCGCUGUCCCCCACAGUGGGCUGCAGCCACAUACAGACGCUUCUCCACCUGUUUCGCCAAAGGCGCCCCUCAGCCUGCCUGCGGCCUGUGGCCACCUCGCCCUGACCAGGACAGUCCCAGCACCUGAGAGCCCAGCAGGUGAUAGGAACAGUGUGGGCAGCGAGGGCAGCAUUGGUAGCAUCCGGAGUGCUGGCAGCGGGCAGAGCACUGAGGGCACCAAUGGGCAGAGCACUGGACUCCUCAUUGAAAAUGUGAAGCCACUCUCGCCUGGCGGGGAUGAUCUACAGCAACAUCUCUUGGGUUCCCAUUCUCAGAAUGGCCAGACAAACCUGGUGAUAGGGACUUUGGCGCACCAGAACCUGACCAACUGCAAUGCCAGUGAAAGAAUCUUCUCUCACCAGUACCUACGACCAGAACAGCUCCUAGAGGGGAAGGAUGCUGAAGCCAUUUACAAUUGGCUGAGUGAAUUCCAGUUGGAAUGUUACACAGCCAACUUCCUGAAUUCAGGCUACGAUGUGCCGACUAUCAGCCGCAUGACUCCAGAGGAUCUCACAGCCAUUGGGGUGACAAAACCAGGCCACAGGAAGAAAAUCUCCACUGAAAUUGGGCAGCUCAGCAUUGCGGAGUGGCUUCCAAAUUACAUCCCUGAUGACCUAAUGGAAUGGCUGAGUGCCAUAGGACUCCCUCAGUAUCACAAGAAGCUGGUGAGCAAUGGCUACGACUCCAUCAGCAUAGUGACAGAUCUGACCUGGGAAGACUUGCAGGAGAUUGGCGUUAACAAGCUUGGCCACCAGAAGAAGAUCAUGCUGGCCGUCAAAAAGCUGACCGAUCUCCGCAAGAGCCUGAGCCAGACUGACGCCAACACCCUGAGGCGGAAGAUCCCUGGCGCCCUGGACAUUGUUACCAUUGAGUCUAUGGAGAAUGGGGAGUGCCACUCCCCCCACACUCCCAAGAUGACCACUUUCCAGGACAGCGAGCUGAGCUAUGAGCUCCAGACAGCCAUGUCCAACAGCUGCCAGGAGACACUAACCAUCAAGAAUGCCCAGGGCAUCUCCCGAAGCCAAGAGAGCAUUGGUGUGCGUUCCAGGGGGUCGGGGCACUCCCAGGAUAACAUGUUGUCCCAAAGCGCCACCUCAAGCCGUUCUCAGGAGAGCUUGGGAAGUGGGGAAAGCAGCAGCAGCAGCAGCGGUGGGCACUCUUCAACCCAACCCCACCUCCUAGAGAACUCAACUAACUCCCAGGAGCGACUCAGCCCUGAAAGCUAUGGGAAAUUUAUUCCACAGCUCAGUUGCCCAGAUGGAGUCAACAGCUAUUCCAAUGGUUGUGUAGGAAGUCCCUUGAGGGAGAGAAAUCUGCCUGAGGGGAUGGAUCAGUAUCAGAGACCCAGUGGCCUGAAAGGAGAUUUCCUUCCCCGGACGGUUCCAUCAGAGCCUCCAAAUCCCCUUUUAGCCACAUCGCCCUGCACAUCACCCCAUUCAGCCAGCAAGGGAACAGCUCCCUACGUCUUCAUGUAUCCCCACUUGUCCCUGAAGGCCCAGCAACUUCAUUCACCUCCUGAGCCAGGGCAGACCAAGGCCCCAGAUCAUGUCUGCACUCAGAGGACCACCCUGCAAUCAACAGCUCAGAAAGGCUUCUCCUAUCUCCAUUCUCACUGUGGAGCCACAGAGACGCCUCACGUGCCCCCAAAGCCUGCGGCUCCCACCGGCUCCAGGGAGCCACAAAGUGGUGAGGGAUCAAAGCAUAAGAAACGUUCGCACAGCUUGAACCGCUAUGCGUUGAGCGAUGGGGAACCUGAGGAGGAGGAGGCACCCACCAGCUCAGUGGGCUCUUAUGCUACCUUGACCAGAAGGCCCGGUCGGAGCCAGGUACCACGGGCGCAGCCACCCUCAGAUACUAAGGUCUCACGCAGCCAGUCCUUUGCCAUCCGUGCCAGAAAGAAAGGCCCUCCACCCCCUCCUCCUAAACGUCUCAGCUCUGUUUCUAGUGUGCAGGCUGUCGAUGCUGAGUAUGAACAAGGCUUAGAACCACAGAAAGGGUCUUCACCUUCCCAUGACGGAGCAGAUCAUCUUCAGGAUACGGGCUGUCCUUUAAGAAGUGUAUCAGCCAUGCCUGAGGGACCUGUAACUGAGGAGAGUUCAAAUAAACCUCUUCCGUCUCCAUACCCGAUGGGUUCUGAUGAAGAGGUGGCUAACAAUGCCGGUCUACACCAUUCCACUGAAGGGGAGCUCGGCAGCACUGAGUCGGCUAGCGGCAGAAGCCAGCUCUUUGAAAGUAACAUUUCCAGGAGACGAACACUGAGUGAGCCUGCAGUCACCAUGACGGAAGCUUUGCUACAGAGCCACGAGGAUGUCCAAUCAGAUACCGAGGAAGAGGCCCAGGUGGGGAAAGAUGGCCACGCCAAAUCUCCCUGCUCUUCGCAGAACAGCUCCAGUGAGUGCAUCCCCUUUGCAGAAGAAGGCAAUCUGACUAUCAAGCAGCGACCCAAACCUGUUGGGCAGCUAAAGACAGAUGCCUCCAUGCCAGCCUCGGAUUCUGCCCAAGUUCAGCCCAAUAGGAAGGAACAGGAAGACCCAGCAAAAGAGACCCUGGUGCCAGAGUUCAACCUCACCGAAUCAGACACAGUGAAGCGCAGGCCCAGGUGCAAAGAAAGAGAACCCCUCCAGAACGUGCUGAAGGCUUUUGGUGUCGAUGCCCCCAGCCCGGCCUCAGCUCCUCCAGUGCCACAGUAUGCCCAGUCUCAGUCAGUAAGCAUCAGUGGGCCCUCCCUGCAUGUGACGGAGCUGCAGUCCAGCGGAGACACUUUUGACGACAAUAGCAUGGAGUUGCAGAUUGCCGAGAUUGAGAAAAGCAUCCUGUCUCUGGAAAGGGGGAUCAAGAAGCCCCCUGCCUCUUUGAAACCGACCAGUCCAGCGCUAGUGCAAGCGGAAAGACCUGGGAGAGCUGUCCAGCUGAGGGCGCCAGCCACAGGGACGGAUGCCUCCACGAAGCACAUGUCCAUUGCUUCUACCAAGCUGGUAUUUUCUGGGCCAAAAACUAUCUACCAGCAAGUCCUGCAGAAGUCCUGCAACACUGUGGCCCCUUGGCCAGCCGCUGAAAUGGUGUCAGAAGUGACAGGACCCUACCCCUUGAAAUUGGAGCCAGGUAGCAAGUCAGGCUUGAAUUCUGGGGUGCCCCUUUCAGUGAGGCCUUUGAAUGCAUCUCAAGACAUGACUCAGGUUCAGCAAAGACUGGAACAAACCAGCUCAUCCUUGGUCUCUACUCUUGAGGCUGCUGAAAAGAAGAUCAUCACAGAGGAAGCGCAGAGCCACUAUGGGACAGCACCGUCUACCAAGAACAUUCUGGAAGACAUCAGCAACAUGUUUGACGAUCUAGCCGAGCAGCUGGAUGCCAUGUUGGAUUGAGGGCGAGCCGCCUUCCAAGGCUGCAGGACUCAACUGAUGGACAGCCUUUGACUAGGUGGCCCUGCAGCUACUUCUGUUCUGACCUCCUUUGCGGCACUUUGACAUCCUGCUCACCUCACAGCUCCUACGGCGGCGGCAGAAGAGGAACAGUUGCUGGUGCAAUGUCUAGCCAAGGUCAACUACAGCCAGCCUCUUGUGCCCAGUCUCCAAGACGGGGCGGAAGCAAGAUGGGCUGGGAACACGUGCUGCAUGCUAACUCCUUUUCCUUCCAUGCAACAGAACCCUAAGAAUUCAUUGUUGCCAGCCACCACCAAGGAGCUGACUGAAAGCCCGCUUCUUGGACAUGCUGCGGAGGAAAGGUUGAUGCCAGAGAGCCUUUCUUGAGCGUCUGGCCUCUCCCCAAGGCCUCUUUGCUUCCUUUCGGAGCCCGUGUCUGUUCCUGCCUUUCCUCAUUUACACAUUGCCAACAGUACGUGGUCUCAGACGGUGACAGCAGGAAGGGUCCAGGCCCUCUCUCGACGACGAGGACCACAGCCUCUGUUGCCAAAGUGAAAUAGGAUUGGUAGUCUGGCACUUUGCAGAGCGAGGCAAGCCCUUGCUGCUUGUUUCUGAGACAUCACAAGGGGAAGUGCCAUGUAAUGCAGGUGGACUGAAAUCUGCCCCCCCCCCCUUCUCACAGUCUCCCCUUCUUCUUUUCUCCUUCCAAAAGCAGCUGGUCAGACUCAAAGCUCUCAGAAGAGCAAACUGGGUUCAACAUUUCAAUAACAAGAUUUUCGGGGGACCUUCUUUGCCCAAGUACCGUGAACUCAUUCAUCCCACAUGUGGUGGGAAAGGAGGGAGAGGUCUUCCACUUUCCCCCUGUUCAUUUGUAUCUGGGCAAGGAAAUGCUGAUUAGUGUUAUCGUGUAUAUAGCGCCCUCUUGUGGCAAAGAUUGUAAAAGCACACCUACCAUGCUAAAUGGCUGUCCAAUAUAACCAUAUGAAAAAUUACUUUUUCCAGCCAGAUGCUCUUCUCAUGCCCUUUGUCCUAUAGGGCACAUAUAGGACAGCAUAAGGAGAACACUGCCUUUUCAUAAAACGAACACUGGCAAAGCAUGGGCAACUGACAAAGCCAGCUCCGGAGACCACUACUCUUUAGCAAGAGGCUAAUUAAGCUCCUUGUCCAUAGUAAGCCAAGUACCCCAUUGCUUUUUGGAAAGACCGGGUGCAACAGGCAAACCACGUCCUUCGUGGUGUUCCACACUGAAGAGGAAGAUCUUGUGCGUCUGAACACCAUAUAUGUAAAUAAGCCCACGAUGGUGCCAACCCGGCCAAGAGAAAGGGGGGAAAUUAGCACAAUUAUUACUUGUGUGCCAUGUACUCUGAAUGGAAUAGAAACGACGAAGGAGCUAUGUUUUUAAAAGGGAAAUGUAAAAUGCAAGUGGGAAUGUAUAGCUCAGUCCUGUGUCGGUACUGGAGGCAUACGUGGUAAUUCCAGUGUUUAGGAUUAGAGCACCUGAUCUUGGUAUCAUCGGGAUGGCUUCUGCAGAGUCUCAAUGUAGUUUUUAAAAAAGUUUUUAAUGGAUCAUGGAUUGAAGUUUGCCAACGUUGGCAUUAACCUGGGAAGAGAUUAAGUUUUGCUGGGGAAAGGUAAAAACAAUAAGGUCCGGUUGUGUUUUAGCGAUACAACAGGGCCUACUAAUCUGGCUUUGGUGCAGGUAGUUUUUCUUUUUUGACUCCAUUUCCAUAGUAGAAAGUUGAUUUGUUAUUCUCUGGCUGAUCACGACAGCCAGCAGGAUAAUUUAAGAAAUAGCUGCAAUCAGUGGCACUUUAUAAAAAGGUUUUUAAAAGCUGUUUUUUAAAAAGGUUUGAAUUUCACACUAGCUGACCAGGGAUGAGUCCAUUUUUUUUCACUGUCAAUAAAACUGUAAAUUUGUUUUGCUUGUUUUUUUUAAAAGAAAUGUAUAUAUUUUUAAGGUGUGGUUUGUUAGAUACUAACCAGAGUGCUGUUGUAUUUUAGUGUCUGGGAUGGAAUCACAUUACUGUCUGAGCCACUAGGGUGCCGUAAAAUGCUGUUCUUGUUAUCACUAAUGAGAGAAAUCCAACCUAUUUUUGUUUUUCCAGAGAAGGCUUAUUUUUUAAGAACUAGUUCUUUAUUGUAAAAGAUACUGUAUGCUGUGUAAAUUAUGUAUGGAUGCGAAGGUGUCUAACCAACCUUGGUCACUUCUUCAUUCAGAAGGAAGCGUGCUGGGGAUGUUACUCCAGGCAAACACCAGAGAGGCAGGUUUAAACCAUCUGGUCAGUUGAUUAGAAUCAUGAGUUCUUGUAUUCCACUAACAACAGUUGCAACUUAAUGGUAUUAAACACCAGGAACUGUUUUCCCCUU